GUGGGUGCCCCCCCAAAGCUCCCAGGUCCGCUCGGUGCUGGUGGCAGUGGUCCCGCGGGGUGACAGGUACCGGGUGCUGCUCGCCCUCAUGCCAAGGGCGCCCCGUUCCUGCUCCCGGAGAGAUGCUCCGGGCGCUGGGAGCGGGUUCUGGACCGCUCUCGCCGGGCUGAGCCCUGGGAGCAGCCGGCUGUGGCUGCAGGAAUUAAUAACAGCAGUUGUUUUGUCAUCGGCAGAGCUCUCGUUGUCACCAGGGUGGCAGACAGCAUCUGCUGUCUGGUCGCCUACUGUGGGCCCGUCUCCCUUGGAGCAUCCCUGUAGGGAUGGAGCCGAGGAGCGCCAAAAUCCCCAGCCCAGGAGCAGCCAGUGCUGGGAUUUUACUGGGUGUCCGGGUGACAGUUUGGGUGUAUCCCGUGUCUUCCUCUUGUGCUCCCCAAAACGGAGCUGAGGGAGGCUCUGGGCUCGUUGUCGCCGUGAUUCAGCAGAGCCCGGCUUUAUGGGAGCGGGGCAGCUCCGCGGGAAUUCCCGAAUCCAUCCCGCGUUUCCCGGCGGGGCGGCGCUGGGUGAAUUACCGGCUCGCUUUGUUUACUCCCGAAAUAAUCAGCUUUGUGCCUGCACCUUGGGCUUUAUCGCACCCGGGGCUCCCCGAGUCACUGCGGAGCGACUCCAGCCCGAUUUGCAAAAUCAAACCAGAUGGGCGCUUUGUUUUUCCUUACGGAGGGAAGGCUGGCAGUGAAAAGCCCUAUUACAAUGCAAAUACCGGGCUGGCGUGAAUAUUCAAACCGCUGCGCUGCUUUUGAAGCUCUUUACAUAAAUUUAUAGCGCUUUUAAAGCCAGCGCUGCUCUGCUGAUCUGGAGCGGAGCUUGGUUAACAGAAUCGCUGCUCUCUGCCAACUUCGGAGGCUCUGGGGGUGUUUUUGGGGUGCACGGGGAGAGGUGGCAUUGAGGUGCAAAGGGAAAAUUAUGAGCGUGGUCAAUGGGGAGGAGGAGCUGCCAGCUGCAAGGCUGGCUCUGGUGGUGACCCUUGAAGAGCUGGGCGUGCUGUCAAGUGAUUUACUGACAUUUAGGUGCUUCAUUGUCCUUUUGGGUUUUGUUUUUCCCUUUGGUUUCUCGGUGUGACCCUUUGUGGGGCUGCUGCUCCAAGAGGGGAUGGGGUGUUGCGGCGUGGGCUGAGCUGGAAAUUGUCCUGGCACGGUGUGGGGAUUUUGGGGUGGACACAGGGACAGGGCACUGAGCUCUUCUCUCUGGUGACCAGCGACAGGACCCAGGGAUGUCUGGAGCUGUGUCAGGUUUGGGUUGGAUUUCAGGAAAGAUUCCUCUCCCAGAGGGUGCUGGGCAGUGCCCAGGCUCCCCAGGGAAUGGUGACAUUCCCGAGGCUGCCAUAUCUCCAGGAGUUUGGACACCACUCCAGGGAUGCCCAGAGUGAGGUUUUUGGGGUGUCUGUUCAGGGCCUGGAGCUGCACUGGAUGAUCCCUGUGGGUCCCUUCCAGCUCAGGGAAUUCUGUGAUUCAGCAGAGCUGCCGUGAUGGAUGAGAGGUUCAUUAGGGAAGGAGAUAAUGAGCGUGAGACAACCUCAGCUCCGGCUUUCCAGCAAGAGCUCCACAGUCUGCUUUUGGUGGCUGCUGGGCAUCUCGUACAACCCCCAGCAUCAAAAGCUGGGCUCCUGGUGGCUUUUGCCAGCUGUGUUCUCAUCUCCCAGGUUGUCACAGGUGCAGUGGGGAGGGAAAGUUGCUUUAAAGUGCCCAAGCGUGGCCGUGCUCUGCAGCACAGGGGGGACACUCGAAGCAGUGACAUCCCAUGGAGUAGGUGCUUGUGUUUUGGAGGUGGCCACAGGAUGCUGCCCUGCUGGGUAAUUACUGCUAAUUUCCAGGCCCUCAUUUGAGUGAGCAGUAAAAACAUUUUCCUCGCUGUCCCUUGGAGGUGAUGACUUCAGUGGAGGGCAGGUGGGGAUAAGGGCAAGGUACCCACAGCCCUGGUUAGUGAUGCAGCCCGUGGGGGCAUGUGGGCAGAGCAUCCCCAAAAUGUCCUUCUUGUGCUGCAGCAAAUGUGAUUUUGCAUUGUCCCUGCCCGUGGCUGGGGGUUGGCAUGAAGUGGCCUUUAAGGUCCCUUCCAACUGAAGUAAUUCUGGGAUUCUCUAAUUCGUACUGUUUAUAAACACCCUCCCCACCCUCCCCCCAAAAAAGUAAUUGUGCUAAUUGUGCUGGUUUUCCUUGCUGAUACCAUUGAUUGACCAAUCUGUGUCUUCAUUAGCUCCAGGCUAAAGCUGGUAUCGAUUCCAGGCACUGAAAUAUGCGAAGCAGUAAUUACUGCUUUAGCCUAUAUUGUUUGAGUUAAAUUUAGCCGAGAAUUUAGUCCUAUCAGGCCCCUGCAUUGUGUGCCGUGAAGGUUAUCUGGCUCUCAGGAGGGGGUGGGUUUAAAAGCAGGAAAGAAAUGCCGGUGAAAACUUCCUCUUCUCAUCAUCCCGGAGCGCUUUGCUUCCCCGGGCUGGUAAGAAGGAGAACAGAAAUAAGGAAUAAUGUGGUGCUGAGUGCUGACUGUCCUAAACCUGCACUUUUCACUGCUGCCUGCUGAAGCUGGUCAUUCCGGGGGCUUCAAACAGCACAGAAGGGCAGCAAUAAAUCUGAACAAAGUGAUGCCCUGUGCAGGGAUUGUCCCCUCUCCUCCUGGGGGGGGGACCAGGGAGCCCCAGCUCAGCUGCUGCCUGCCUGCCCCUAUUAUCCUGGGCUGGUAGUAAGGGGAACAGAAAUAAGGAAUAAUGUGGUGCUGACUGUCCUAAACCUGCACUUUUCAGUGCUGCCUGCUCAAGCUGGUCAUUCUGGGGGCUUGAAACAGCACAGAAGGGCAGCAAUAAAUCUGAACAAAGUGAUGCCCUGUGCAGGGAUUGUCCCCUCUCCUCCUGGGGGGCACCGGGGAGCCCCAGCUCAGCUGCUGCCUGCCUGCCCCUAUUAUCCCGGCCGCCCUCCUGCAUCUCAGCUGCUGGCCCAUCUGGAGCAGAGAUGAAAGGCUGCCCUUUCAUUCGGGCUUUGUGUGCCUCUGCUUGUCCCCCCUUCCCCAUCACGGCUGCUGGAGGUGGCUCUGAUGCUGCUGACCUCAUUAUUCUGACUGCUGGCUGAUGCCAGGCUGCCUCGCCAGCUCCUCAGGUAGGAAGGAGGCUCGGGUGGUUUAUUUUUCCCCUCGCUGUGGAAGCGCUGCUGAAUAAUUCAGGCAGGAGGAGGCAUCUUGGGUCACCUUGCUGCGUGCCGGAGCCGCCUGCCUAAGAUGGAGGUUGUGCAGGAUUGCGGGAUCGCCGGGCUGCUGGCAGCUCCCUGGGCCGUCUGAGGGCAGGUGAGCGUGGCAGGCUAUGGGAUGGAUGAAGCUGAGCAGGACCAGUAUGAAGCUCGCCUCAAGGAGCUCUUUGACAGCUUUGACAGCACAGGCACGGGCUCCCUGGGCCAGGAGGAGCUCACUGACCUCUGCCACAUGCUGCACCUGGAGGAGGUGGCCCCAGCCCUGCAGCAGACCCUCCUCCAAGGAAACCUCCUAGGCAGGGUCCACUUUGAUCAGUUUAAAGAAGCACUUAUCCUCAUCUUAUCCAGAACCCUGUCAAAUGAGGAGCACUUCCAAGAACCAGAUUCCUCCCCAGAAGCACAGCCCAAGUACAUCAAAGGUGGCAAACGCUACGGGCGCCGCUCCCUGCCGGAGUUCCAGGAGUCGGUGGAGGACUUUGCCGAGGUGACGGUCAUCGAGCCGCUGAGCGAGGAGGCACACCCUGCCCACAUCGCUGCCAGCCAGGAGCACUGGAAGACGCGAGGCAGCGAGGAGGAGGAGUACGAGGCCGAGGGACAGCUGCGCUUCUGGAACCCAGACGACCUGAACGCCUCCCCUGGGGCCUCGCCUGGCCCAGACUGGAUCGAGGAGAAGCUUCAGGAGGUCUGCGAGCACCUGGGCAUCACCAGGGAUGGCCACCUGAACAGGAAGAAGCUGGUUUCCAUCUGUGAGCAGUACGGGCUGCACGCGGCGGCCGGGGAGGUGCUUGAAGAGGUGCUCCAUAACCUGGAGCAAGAUGGGACCAUGAGCAUUGAGGAUUUCUUUUAUGGCCUGUUUAGAAAUGGGAAAUCUCUCACCCCCUCAGCAUCUACUCCCUACCGGCAGCUGAAACGCCACCUCUCCAUGCAGUCCUUCGACGAGAGCGGCAGACGCACGACCACCCCCUCGGCCAUGCCCAGCACCAUCGGCUUCUCCCUCUUCUCCAGCCUGGAUGAUGGGAUGGGCUAUGGCUGUGUGGAGGGGGUCCUGGACUGCUGGCACCAGGAGGGCAUAGAGAACAGCCAGGAGAUCCUGAAGGCUCUGGACUUCAGCUUGGAUGGGAAGGUGAACCUGACGGAGCUGACGCUGGCGCUGGAGAACGAGCUCCUGACCACCAAGAAUGGGGUGCACCAGGCAGCCCUGGCCAGCUUCAAAACGGAGAUCAGGCACUUGCUGGAGAGGUUUGACCAGGUGGCCAGGGAGAAGGAGAAGCUGCGGUCGGACCUGGAGAAGGCAGAGAAGCUGAAAUCCCUGAUGGCCUCGGAAGUGGACGAUCACCACGCCGCCAUCGAGCGCCGCAACGAGUACAACCUCAGGAAGCUGGAUGAGGAGUACAAGGAGAGGAUCGCCGCUCUGAAGAGCGAGCUGCGCAGGGAGCGGGAGCAGAUCCUGCAGCAGGCCAAUAAACAGAGGCUGGAGCUGGAGCAGGAGAUUGAAAAGCUGAAAACAGAUGAGAAUUACAUCCGAGACCGCCUGGGCCUGGCCCUGAAGGAAAACAGCCGCCUGGAAAACGAGCUCUUGGAAUCAGGAGAAAAACUGGCUGAGUGUGAAAGUCUGGCAAGCAAACUGCAGAGGAACUUGGAAAACGUCCUGGCUGAGAAGUUUGGUGACCUGGAUCCCAGCAGUGCUGAGUUUUUCCUGCAGGAGGAGAGGCUGGCCCAGAUGAGGAGCGAGUACGAGCAGCAGUGCAGGGAGCUGCAGGACCAGAUUGAUGAGCUGCACUCAGAGCUGCAGGAGUUCCGUGCCCAAGGCAAAGUGCUCAGGCCUGCCCUGAAAAGUUCCUUGUCAGAGGAGUUUGACAUUGACAUGAAGAGUCACGGCACCAGUGGGAUUGAGCCUGACCAAGGACUCGGUUCAGAAGACUGCAACCCAUUAAAUAUGAGCAUAGAGGCAGAAAUGGCCAUUGAGCAGAUGAAGGAGCAGCACCACAGGGAUCUGCAUCACCUCAAACAGGAGCUUGAAGACACAGUGAGCCAUUAUGAAAAGCAGCUGGAUGAGGCAAAAGCCCACUGGGAAAAGGAGCAAGAGGAUAUGAGGCAGAAGUAUGCUGAGCAGAUGAAUGGCAUGGAAAAGCAGAUCACUGGCCUCCAAAAUCAAAUAGCAGAGCUGCAGGGAGAGGCAGCGGCGCUCCGAGAGCAGCAGGAGAAGCUCAGCUGUGAACACAACGAGGAGAAAAACAAAUUACAGACGCGUUUCGAUGAGGAGAAAGCCAGUCUGCAGGAACUGCUGAGGCAGGAGCACGAAGAGGAUGUCAGGGCCAGACUGGAGCAGGUGAACGAGGAGUUCAGGCAAGAGCGGGAGGAGCUGAUCCAGAAGAGUGUCUGGGGGGAAGAAAAGAUGAGAGUUCUGGUGCAGACCCUGCAGGAGGAGAAGGGGGAGCUGGAACGGGGCUUCCACGAGCAGCUGAAGAGGCUGGCAGAGCUGCACGCCCUGGAGAAGGAGGAGCUCCAGGAGGAGCUGCUGAGGAAGCACCAGCAGGAGCUGGAGGAGGAAAGGAAAAAAAUGGCAAGUGACUAUAACAGAAGAGCAUCUCAUGCACAAACUCAGUUCUCUGUGGACACACAAACACUUGUGAAUAAAUAUGAAGAAACCCUGCAGAGUCUGGAAGGACGUUACCAGCGAGAGCUGCAGGAGCUUGCUGAGCAGCAAAGAGAGGAGAAAUCCCAGUGGGAGUUUGAAAGGGAUGAAAUUGCUCAGGAGGUUGCUGAAGCCCACGAGCAGCUGAAGGAAAGCUUGGCGAGUGAGAAGGCUGUUUGUUCUGCCCUGAGCCAGGAGAAGGAUCUCCUGGAGAAAAACUUCAAGGAAGAAGUGAACAAGCUGGUGUGUGAGAGGGAGCAGCUGGAGAAGGAGCUGCGAGAGCUGAGGAGUGCUGCCCGGGAGCAAGAGGAAAAGAUGAUGGAGAAAAUAAACCAACUCCAAAAUGACCAUGAAAAAGAGCUGAAGGAGAAAGAUGAGCAUAUAUCCACAGUGGAGCAAAACGGGAAACUGGUUAGGGAAAAGCUGGAGAGACUGGACAGUGAGUAUAAGCGAGAGAAAGAAGAGCUCAAUUCCAAACUUCUUGCUUUGGAGAGCUUAAACAGAGACAUUUGUGAAAGAGCAGAGACAGAAAAGGCUCAGAUGGGUUUGGAAGUCUCGGACCUCCGAGGGAAAAUACAGAAAUUGCAGUGGGAAACACGGAGCUUUUCUGCCCUGCAGAGCCAUUACAGGGUCCUGGAGAGUGAGUAUGCAAAAGCCAAGAGCCAGAUCGCUGCUUCUCCUGCUGCAGCUCCUCUGGGAGACGAUGGGGAUGUUCUCCAAAACCUGCAGAAGGUGCACGAGCAGGCGGUGAAGGAGAACGUCAGGAUGGCUGCCCAGAUCCUGAGGCUGCAGCACCGGCUGCAAGCAGCAGAGCAGGAGCUGCGACCUGCCAGCCCCAGCUGCUCCCAGGCUGGCUCAGAACCAGAGGAAAUAGAGCCCAGUUUUGAAGGGUUGCCCAGUGAUUGUCAAGAUGUGGCCAUGGGAGCAGAUGUCAGUGUCCUUCCACCUCCGGAGGCUGAUACUACAGACCUGGAAGAAAUGUCGGAGAUGGAUUGGGAUUUGGAGGAGGGAUGUGUGAAAGCCAGAGCUGGUGGGCACCCCGAGGCACAGGGGUGCUGGAUCCAGGGAAGUCAAGCAGCUCUGGAUGCUGAUGGCAACCAGGAUUGUGACAAGAGCCUUUCUUGGGUGCCUCUGCUGCCAAAAAAGAGAGACCUGGAGAAAGCUCCCAGGCCAAAAGCGCUACACAGCGAUGUCAAACAGCAGAAGGUUCAUCUGCUAAAUCACAGAAUAGCUCCCAAAAAUCAGGGGUUUGUCUCUGAUGCUUUGAAGAUGCAGGUGGAGCUGGAGAGUGCUGAAGAGCUGAGUGAAGACUCUCUCCUGCUGGAUCACACUCCUGGGGCAGCAAACGGUGACCUGAAGAGCGUAAUAGCUCAGCUUUGGAAAAGGAUGGAAGAGCUGGAAGACAGAUCCAUGGCACAGGCUGAACUUCUGUCACUACAAGAAGAAAUUCAGGUAGAAAAUGAGGAUCUGAAGGCUGAAGUGAUGCAGUUAAUUGAAAAAAAUAGAGUGCUGGAAGACAACCUGCGUAGGCUGAGAAGGCUUUGUUGGGAACAAAAAGAAAGCGAGGUGGAAAGCGUGAAGUUUGAAGAUGAAAACACCAAAUUCCUUGUGGAAGAUAAAGGAUUGGAAGGUAUUAAAGAAUUGGAGGAUGUCCAAGAACAAGAUGCUCAAGGAAACCCAGAUGUGCCCAGUGACACGAGAGGUGGGAAGCUGGAAGAACAUCCCGCUGCUUUCAGGGGCCAGCGGGACAAGAACCCCCAAAGCGACGGCGCCGCGACACGAGUGGGAAGAGCAGGAAUGAGGGAGCCCAACCUCCAGGUGAAGGAGAAAGCUCUGGGUCGCCCAGAGGAGAGGAGGGCAGUGACCCAGGGCUUGCAGAGCACGUGCACUGAGCUGCAGCAGAAGGUUGACCUGCUGAGGUGUGAGGCCGAGAAGCUCCGCGAGGAAAACGCCGUCCUGAAGAACGAGGUGACUUUAUUGAAUGAGGAAGGGAGCGCUUCCAGCCUGAAACUGAGGGAGCUGAAUGGAUCCAGGGAAGAAAUGAGGCAGAAGAUUGAGGCUGUGAGAAAGGAGAAAGUGGCUGUGCAGAAGAUGGUGGACAACCUGAAAAAGCAGGUGGCUGAUCUGAAGACCAGGAACCAACAGCUGGACUCUGAAAACACAGAACUCAGCCAGAGGAACUCCAAAAACCAGGCAGAUGUGCAGGAUCUCAACCAACAGCUGGCAAGGGUGCUCAAGCAAAAGGAAAGGGAAGAGGGGAAGUGUACCCUGGAAGAAUGGGAAAAGGAGAGGCUGCUGCUGAAAGAGGAGCUGGAAAACUCCAAAAUCGAGUCAUCAAAUAUGGUGUCGUCUUUGGAGAUGGAUUUGUCAAAAAUGAAGGUUCAAGCUCAUCUCCUGGAGCAGGAGAACCACAUCCUCAAGCAGGAGCUGGAGAAGACAAAACAGCUGCCCAGGUGUCCUGAUCUUGCUGACCUUCAAAACGAAGUUGCAAGUUUAAUCACUAAAAACGAGAAGCUGCAGAAAGAGAAAGAAGCCCUGAGUGAGGAACUGAACAGAUGCAUUGAUAAGGUAGCUCAGGUCAGCUGCCUGGAGAGUGCAAUUGGCAGCCUGAAGCAGGAGCAGAAAUCCUGGGAGCAGCAGAGUCAGGCACUGAAAGCACAGCUCAGCCUCUCCCAGGACAAGGUUCAGAGCCUCGGUGAAACUCUGCAGAGCACCAACCUCCAAAUGUCCCGGCUGAAAUCCGACCUGCAGCUGGCCCAGCAGGAGAAGGAAAGUCUGCAACAAGAAGUGAUGGCACUGCACAAACAGCUGCAGAGCAGCAGUGAAAAGAACCUGGUUCUGGAAGUGGCUGUGCCUCCCCCAGGGCUGCAGGACCAGCAGGGGCCCAUCCAUUGGGAUCAGCAGGAGCAGAGGCUGCUCAGGCAGGACAACGAGAGGCUGCAGAGGGAAGUGCAGAGCACAAAAACAGACCUGGCUCACUCCAGGGAAAAGAUCCGACAGCUGGAAUCCACAAUCCUCUCCCUAAAGCACCAAAAGCAUCAGAGCCAGGCAGGCAUUGUCAAAGCCAUCGAGCAGGAGAAGCUGAGCUUGAAGAGAGAGUGUGAACAGCUUCAGAAGGAGCUGUCAUCUGCAAACAGGAAGAUCAGUCAGAUGAAUUCUCUCGAACGUGAACUGGAAACCAGCUCAGAAAAUGAAGGGCUGAGAAAAAAGCAAGUCAAGCUGGAUGAUCAGUUAAUGGAGAUGCUGCAGCCCGGGGGGAUGCGUAGCCAGAGCUCCCAGCAGCAAGGCUGUGCCACGAUGCCCAGGGAGCAGUUCCUGCAGCUCCAGCAGCAGCUGCUGCACACGGAGAGGAGGAGCCAGCACCUCCAGGAAGAGCUCGAGAGCAGACCCUCGGGGACAAACAUGCAGCAGGGGGGUCACGAGCAGCUUCUACAGAUGAUGGAAGAGCGGAUGAUGGAUGUGGAGCAGAAGUUAAGGCUUGUAAAAAGACUUCUCCAAGAUAAAGUAAAUCAGCUGAAAGAACAACUUUCCAAGAACACCAAGGCAGACGCCAUGGUCAAGGAUCUCUACGUGGAGAACGCGCAGCUGCUGAAGGCUCUGGAGGUGACAGAGCAGAGGCAGAAAACUGCGGAGAGGAAGAAUUAUUUACUGGAAGAGAAAAUUGCCAACCUCAACAGAAUAGUGAAGAACUUGGCCUCCCCCUCCUUCAGCCCAGCAGCAGAGAUCAGGUCAUAG